CCCCGAUACAAAGCCAAAGUCCGCCCAAAAUGGAUCUCCUGGAAAUGCCACUGGAGGCCGUCGCCCUCCGCUUCUACUCCCUCCCCGCCGUGGUCGCCGGCGGCUCCAUUUGGACGUGCCUCGCGAUCAUCGCCGCCGCCGCUAUCGGCCUCUGGCGCAUUAGGACUGUAGGUUCCAGAUCCGAAUCCUCCUCUUCUUCGUCUUCUUCUUCUCUCCUUACAUCGUCUCCGCCGCCGUCGCCUUCGCCUUCCCCCAAUCUUAGCACGCCGAUCGAGCGGCCAAUUCUCAGCCGCUUCGAGCUCGGUGAGGAGGUGGGCAUGCCGAAGGUACGCUUCACGGCGUACUACAACGACGCCGCCGAUUGCCUCGGCUGCUGCCGCGUGGACGACGAUGACGACGACGACGGCGACGGCGACAGCGAGGAGAGGGAGGUGGAGGCGGAUGGCGCCGUUAGCGACGGUGUUAACGGUGACAGUCAGAAGCGUCUCUCGAAGCCCGGCUGGGCAGGGGACGUCCCGAAGUGGGAGGUGCCGGCGCUCUCGGGAAACGGCGACCUCGGUUGGUACCGUUGCCAGGACAUGACGGCGCUUAACGGCAGCGUCGUCAGAUUGUGGGACGGGGACGGCGGGUUAACAGCGAGCCCGCGAAGGAGGGGUAUAAUGGGAAUCUACCAUUAGAGACCUAUUUUUCGAUUAAAAAUGUACAUAUAUAUUUAUUAUUUCUCUAGUACAAUUUUCCUUUUUUUUUUUUUUUUUUUUUUUUUUUUUUUUUUUUUUUUUUUGGCCCUUUAGAUUUGGCCUUGUCCACUGGGUCCUCAUAAGUUUCUUACCCACCUUUGCUCUCUAAUUAUUGCCGAGGGCCAGGGUGGACUCUAAUGAAAUGCCAUGGCCUUCUGGAAGAUCCUUAAGAUGGGAAAGAUUCCAAGUAUUUUAUUUGUUAGCUUAGCUGCUUCGGAUGCUUCCAUUAUUCGUUACACCAAACGAGUGCACAAUUUCA